AUGAGCCGAAUAAACGCGGAACGUGGCCGGCUCGUGGAUAAGUCGUCAUCCGACGUCUCAAGCGCGUCGUCGGCAACAACGUCGACGUUCUUGACAGCCCUUGUCUUUAACGGUGCCGUAUUCGCCAUCGAGGUUGCAGCUUUCACUCUAUUACGACCCUACUUCAAGCAAAUCUACGAACCCCGCUCCCUCUCCCCCUCCAAAGAUGAACGUGUAAAGCCCUUCAAGUCAGGCAUGUUCACCUGGCCGAUUCACAUCUUCACCGCAGACUAUCGCGAUGUCCAGAAACACAAUGGAACCGACGCCUACUUCUUUGUCCGCUUCCUGCGCCUCAUGGUUCGCAUUCUCUUGCCCAUCUGGGUCAUCUCAUGGGCUGUCCUUCUGCCUAUCACCUCCGUGCGCACAAGCGUUCCUGGCAACGACGGGCUCAACCAGUUUUCAUAUGGCAAUGUCGCAACUGACGAUAGCCCCCGCUACGCUGCUCACCUUGUCCUCGUCUAUAUCUUCACCUUUUGGAUAUUCUGGAACAUUAAGCGCGAGAUGGCAAACUUCGUUACCGUCCGCCAGCUCCACCUCAUAAGCGAGAAGCACGGCAAGACCGUCCAGGCCAACACCGUUCUUGUAACCGGAAUUCCUGCGAGAUUCUUGUCUGAGGGCGCGCUCCUCAAGAUGUACUCGGCUCUGCCAGGAGGUGUCAAACGAGUCUGGUUGAACCGUGACCUCAAGGACCUCCCGAGCAUCUAUGACCGCCGUCUCAGCGCAACCAGCAAGCUCGAAUCUGCGGAGACCAGUCUAAUCCUCACCGCUGCCAAGCUAAAGGCCAAGGAGGCCAAGAAGACAGAAAAGUCUGGGGAGGCGGUAUCGCAGCAGGGCCUCGUUGACGCCGAGCGUGACGUCACUCUCGCAGAGAAGCUUGUUCCAGAUAACAAGCGCCCGACACACCGCCUGCCCGUCGGCCCGAUGCCGUUCUCCUUGCCGUGCAUGGGUCAGAGCGUCGACACGAUCGAAUGGUGUCGCGAGGAGAUCCGCACGUGCAACGAGCUCCUCCAGAAGGGCCGCGACACGAUUGGGCAUGAGAAUCUCCCUAUGCCUGAAGACACCAACGGCGACGGCCGCAUCGAUGCCGAGGACCGCCCGGACCAGACGUACCCGCCGCUGAACUCGGCGUUUAUCACGUUCAAUCACCAGCUGGCGGCGCACAUGGCGGCGGCGUCGCUGAACCACCAUGACCCGUACCGCAUGACCGACAAGUUCCUCGAGGUGUCGCCUGAGGACGUUAUCUGGAGCAACCUUGGUCUCAACCCGUACGAGCGCCGGAUCCGGAUGCUUAUCAGCUAUGGUGUCACUGCUGGAUUGAUUAUUCUUUGGGCUUUCCCUGUCGCCUUCGUUGGUAUCGUCUCGAACAUCAAGGGACUCUGCCAGAAAGCAUACUGGCUCGCGUGGCUUUGCAAGAUCCCCCCCGAAGUUCUCGGAAUUAUCCAGGGUAUCCUUCCCCCGGUCCUGCUCGCAGUCUUGAUGAUGUUGCUCCCUAUUAUCCUGCGCCUUCUUGCCAAGUUCGAAGGCAUUCCGACCCGGACUGGGCUCGAGCUUAGCUUGAUGACGCGCUUCUUCAUUUUCCAGGUUAUCCACUCGUUCUUGAUCGUGACCCUGUCCUCGGGUAUCAUCAGUGCUCUCCCCGGACUUCUCUCGAACCCAACAUCUAUUCCCGCCCUUCUGGCCCAGCAUCUACCCGGGGCUUCUAUCUUCUUCCUGACCUACAUACUCCUCCAAGGAUUGUCGGGUGUUGCUGGCGGCUUUUUGGCGAUUGUGCAGCUCGUUCUGUACUACGUCAAGUUGUUCAUUCUUGGCAGCACUCCCCGCUCAGUGUACAACAUCAAGUACGGUCGUCGCUCGGUUGCCUGGGGGACACUCUUCCCUGGCAUCACCCUGCUGGUUGUGAUCACAUUGGCCUAUUCCAUCAUUGCUCCUAUCAUCAACGGUCUCUCGUGCGCGAUGUUCUUCAUGUUUUAUCUAUUGUACAAGUACCUCUUCUUGUACCAGUACACUCAAUCCCCUGAGAGUGAUACCGGUGGUCUCUUCUUCCCCAAGGCGAUUCAACAUAUGUUCGUCGGCCUGUACAUCCAACAGCUGUGCCUUUGCGCACUGUUCUUCUUGGCACAGAACAGCAACAAAAAGCCCGCUGCGGUCCCUGAGGGCGCGCUCAUGGUUGUUCUUAUCGCAUUCACUGCGAUGUUCCACGCUAUGAUCAACCAGUCGUACGGCCCGCUCCGCCACUUCCUCCCGCUCUCCAUCGCCGACCGCUGCUACCGCGCUCCCGAGCUCACCGACACUGCCUCCCUCUCCGAGAAGCAGGCCGCUGCCCAGGCUCACGCGGAGAACGACGCCGACGGCGCCGGUCCCUCGUCGCUGCCCAGCUCUCCCGUCAUCGCCGACAAGGAGGGACCCACCAAGGGCACCGCGGCCGGCUCGUCGCAGGAGGCGAUCACCCGCCCCAGCGCGGACUCGACCGGCAGCCGGCGCGCGUUCGUGGACCCGCACACGGGCGCCGUCGACUACGGCUUCGCGCACCCGGCCAUCUCGCGUCCGCAGCGGAUCGUGUGGUUCCCGCAGGACCGGCUCGGGCUCGCGGCCGAGGAGGUGCAGGCGAACGCGGCGGCCGAGGUGGGUGCGAGCACGGACGGGGCGGUGGUCAAUGAGAAGGGGCAUGUGGAGAUUAGUGCGCCGCCGCCUGAUGAGGGGCGGGUGUGAGUGCUGGGUUUUCUGAGCUCUGAGCUUGUCAGAUUCAGAACAAAGAGUCUUGACUAUAUUUACAUUUUCUUCAUUUUCUUCAUCUUGCUCGUUGUGCUUGUGCUUGCAACGUCAACACUCGCUGUGUUCAUUGACAUUACACCCAAGCGUGUUGUCGUGCAUAAUUCUCCACUGAUUCUUUGACAAUCAAUAUACUGUACAAACACGCUUAGCUUCAUCGCUGAAUCGCCGUCGUCGCUUUCCAUUGUUACUUCAUAUACCCGACGAAAAUGUAAUGCACUCCUUAGCUGUUUCCCCCAAAACCACCAUUGACCACCUACUGUAUAGUUAGUCUUCUACCUUGCGGCCCUUGCCUGCCUGCCUGUUUGGAUUCUUUUUACCACUUUUUAGCAUCGUCCAAAUCAACAGUAACACAUCUUCUCGAGAUCGGACCUUGAUUUACG